UUGCCUUUCUGGAAUAAGGUAAAAUGUCGCCUCUUAUCAUCUUUUAUUUAAACCUUCUAGGCCGUGUUGUGUCGCAUUUUGAUCUACGAUCAUUUAAUCUGUGAUAAAAUUAAUUAACCUUCACAUAAAAAACCCAUAUAAAAUACAAAUAUGUUUUACAAUCAUUAUACAUCAUUGUCUUUGCAGUAUAAUUAAUUACGUGCGAUAACCAAGGCCAAAUCAAAACUAGACAUAUAAGAAAGAAGAAAGAAGAGCUAGUGCGUUUCAUUUGAAGGAACUAUCUAUAAACAAAAAGAAUAUAAAAAAUUUGUAAAAGAGAUAUGAAGAAGAUUAUAAUCUCCGAGAGCAGUAUUGUGAUAGUAAAGCCGUUUAAUAUUGUAAACCAAAAAUCUUGAAUUUAUCAGCUAAAGUUACGUAUAAUUAACAAUACACGAUUUAUUAAUGUCAGCAAAAAUGCAGUGCAGAAUUGAUGAUUUACCGGAUGAAUUGUUAGAAUAUAUUUUAAGUCUUAUUCCUCCUUAUAAAGAUUUACAAGAAUGUAAGCUUGUCUCAAAGCGAUGGUUUCGUGCAACUAAAAAUGUUAUAGAGCACAAUGAGGCACACUUUCGCAAAGCUGUAUCAUUUGGUGCUUUGUUUUGGAGUCUUUGGCCAAAAAAAACUCGAAUGCCUACUAUAAGCAAAAGACAUUCUCAUUCAGCCUGCAUUUAUGAAAACUCCAUGUAUGUAUUUGGUGGAUGUACUGCAACUUCUACUACAUUUAAUGAUUUAUGGAGAUUAGAUUUAGAUACAAGAACUUGGGUCAGACCAAUCACAAUGGGCAGCUAUCCAUCACCAAAGGCUUGUGCUACUAUGUUGUAUUACAAAAAGAGUUUCGUUCUGUUUGGCGGAUGGUCUUAUCCUUCUCGUUAUCCUUUACAUCAGCAAUGGAAGCUGUUUAAUGAGUUGCACGUCUACUCGAUAGAAACAAAUAAAUGGAAUGCUAUCAACACAUUAGAAGCACCACCACCUAUGUCUGCUCAUUCCGCAACAAUUCAUGGAAACAAUAUGGUUGUCUUUGGUGGUAUUCAUUGUGGACUUCGUUCCAAUGACUUGUGGUGUUUAAACUUGGAUACAUAUUCUUGGCAUAAACAAGCCACAGCAAUUAUAAAGCCACGACCACGUUAUGGCCAAUCGCAAAUUCAUUUAGGAGACAGGCAUAUCCUUGUACUAGGAGGUUGUACUGGUCCUAAUGCAGCUAUGAAUGAUGCUUGGUUAUUAAAUAUGACAGAGCCAACAUGGAAAUGGAAAAAAGUAAUAUUAUAUCACCCAGAAUGGGCGCCGGCGCGUAUUUGGUGUCAUCAGGCUUGCAAGGUUGGAAAUUAUAUUGUUGUGUUAAGUAACAACAAGCGACAUGCUAAAGUAAAUGACAUGAGCAUAGCAAUGAAAAAUGUUACUUGUCAAAGACCAUCCAGAUUACCUGACGUAUCUCCUUUGCAAGAAAGUAAACAAAGACACAGAGCAGACGUAGAUACGGAUGAAAAUGUGAAUGGUCGGCAUGGAUCUUUCUCAAGAUCACCCUCACAAAGUAGAAUGAAUAAUCCACCAUCGCGAAAAUCAAAUUUUUCUAAGAUCGUGCCAUUUUGUUGUGACAGUGCACUGAGUAUGGCAGCAUUUCGUGAUAAACCAACUAAUAAUAAUUUGAGUAUCAAUCGGCAGCGCCAAUUAGAAUAUCUUAAAAAGAUGGAAGAAAAGAUCAGAAGUAGAAAGACACAAACGAAAGUUGCAAAAAGAACAGAGAAUACGUUAUCUAUAUUUAUUUUAGAUAUAAGCAAAGUACUUUGUGAUGAAUGUAGUGCAUCUUGGGUUCCUUUGAAAGAAAUUGAUCAAUCAGGACCAGACGAAAGAAUUUUGUAUUCGCUUGUGAUGGGAAGAGGAGAAUUAAUUGUCUUUGGUGGUAUUCGCAAAGAGCAAACUAAUAUACAAACUCAGCCAGAUGUGGAUGAUUUGGAAGUGUAUAAUGAUCUACAUUUUAUAAAUCCACCAAAAUAUGUUAUAUAAUAUUAUAUAAACGUGAAAGCUUGGUUUUCAAGAUUCCUAUGUGUGAGAACGAAAUUAAAAUUAUCAUCUUUAUUAAUUUAAUAGCAAUACGCAUAUAUGAUAGCACCAAUGUCACUUCAUGCAAUUUUAUGUUACUUAUAGAAAUUGUCAAUAUUUAUUUGCGAAUUAUGUCGAAAUUUGAUUGGAAUCGAUAUUUAAUCUCUGAUAGUAAUUGAAUUGAAAGAAGACAAAUUUUAAUGUUUCUUAUCUCUUAUUAAAAGACGGAAAUACUGUGGAGGUUAUUCACUUCUAAAACUAUAGAUGUAAGGUAAUGGAAUUGAUGUGAUAAUAAUUUUAAAAUACAAGAGAAUCAAAUACUUCGGACAUAAGUUAUUUGAUUGCAAAAUUUUUAUUCAAACAUUUUGUUCUAUUUUCAUAAAUAGAGUAUAUUUCAAAUAUCAAACUUGCAAAUUUUAUAAUUUAAUUUAUUGAUGAUCCUAUAUUAUUUUUAAUAACAAAUGCGCGCGUGAAAAAUCAUCGAUCUAUUAAAUAUUAAAAUUAUGUACAUUAUUUAAAAUAAUUGCAUAAAAAAUCAAUACAGACUCAUAUGUAUUUCUAAUUAUAUACACAAUCUCUUUCUCUCUCUCUCUCUCUCUGUCUAGUAAUAAUAGUAUGUAAGAAUGAUAUUUAUACGAAUAUUUGCUUAAAAGAGAGCUUUCUAAAUGUUCCUUUAAAUGAUGGAAUAUAAUUUAAAGUGUAUUAUAUAUGUAUGUAUGUACAUACAUUCAAAAUUAUCUGCAAAUAUUAAUAUAAAAUUUUCUUGCUAUUCAAAUAUAUCAUAUUGUCAAUUAACAGUGCAAUAUUAAAUAACAAAACAAUUUUUUUCUGGUUUUAGAUCAUUCAGUCUAAUCGUGGUAAUAGAUUAAUUAAUUACUUCUUUUAAUAACUUGAACUGCACAUUAUAUUUAAAUACAUUGAUUAUAAUGGAUAGUACAUUCACUCAUCUUCGUUUGUGUCAUUGUCUGUUGUUUUUAAGCUACCAAAUACUUGCGAUGGAAUGACUUGUUUUUCAAUAGACAUUUCUAUAACAAAAAAAAAUAAAAAAAAUAAAAAAACGAAAAAGAGAGAACAUUUAAUUAUAUCAUAAGAAAUAAUAACAUAUAUAAGUAAAAUGAUAAGUAAA